UCAUGGUCAAGGGCGGUCGCGGCGGUUCCAAGAAGAAGGCUCAGUCCAAGUCGGCCAAGGCCGGCCUCACCUUCCCGGUCGCGCGGAUCGGGCGGGCGCUCCGGACCAUGCGCCUGGCGAAGCGGUACGGCGCGGGCGGCCCGGUCUACUUGACGGCCGUCAUCGAGUACAUGGCUGCCGAGGUGCUCGAGCUCGCGGGCAACGCGUGCCGCGACAACAAGAAGAAGCGCGUCACCCCGCGCCACCUCGUGCUCGCCGUCCGCAACGACGAGGAGCUGAACAAGUUCCUCGGCGGCGUGACCAUCGCCUCGGGCGGCGUCCUCCCCAACAUCCACUCGGUGCUCCUGCCGAAGAAGUCGAAGGUCGCCGGCAAGGGCGCGUCGCAGGAGUUCUAAUUCCGCCAUUCGCCACUCCACCCCCGGUGUUUCUAAACACCACCCUUCUCUCUCGGCUUUUGAG